UCUCAUCUUCAGACUAAUCCAUCUCCUGGCAGGCUCCUGGCAGAACGCUGACUGUGGCACUGUCUGGUGUGGAAGGUUUCACAUUCCAAAGGCACUAGAUAAUGUUUGGGGCUGGGCUUUGGUGGUAGCAAGGGUAUAAGAAUGGAGUUGAGGCCACAGAGGAGCAGCACUUCUCAGCCCAUCGAGCCAAACCAUCACAACCAGCUCCGACUCCGGAGGCCUUACGGAUAUAGACCCACUCAGAGAGAGCACGAGCAAGACCCUGACCGCCAGGAUGAGUCGCAGCCCAGAGAGGAUUUCCUCGUACCGCCGGUAUUUUGAAGAAUGCACCACCGCCGGUGCAGCCACCUCCACCUCCCUGCAGAUGAGGGUGUCCAGCCCCUCUCCUGUCCGCAGGGAGGUCCGAAGCCAGCGUGGGGCCAGCUACUCCCGCUCCUCAGCUGCAGCUGCCGGGGUCAUGGCCGUGGGACGGAGGGCUGCCUCUGCCUCUGCCUCUCGCUCCUCCACUGCCUCCAAGUCCCUGAUGGUGAGUGGUGGUGCCGGUGCCGUGGGUAUGGCGAUGUGCGGUGGACAGUCCGUGGAUCUGGAUGCCGUGGCCGCAGAGAACCAGGAGUUCCGGGGCACUCGUACUAGCCAGCGCAAGGAGAUGAUCGUGCUGAAUGACAGGCUGGCUGCAUACAUCGAGAAGGUUCGGUCACUGGAGUCACAGAAUAAGGUUCUGGAGACAGAAAUCGAGGGCCUGACAAACCGCUUCCUGAAGCCCACUGGCCUGCGCAUGCUCUAUGAAGAACAGCUGAGAGAACUGAGGAACCUUGCAGAACAGAUGAGGAGAGAACGGGACCUAGCUCUUGCCGCCAAGGACGCCACUGCUGCAGAGCUUGAGAUGAUUAAGGUGAAAUAUGAAGAAGCCAUCGAACUGAGGAAGAAGGCUGAGAUGGACAUCGAGAACUUCCGCCCGGAUGUUGAUGCCGCCACUUCCUCCCGUAUCGCCCUGGAGAAACAGCUGGAAAAUCUCCAAUUUGAACUUGAGUUCCUCAAGAGGAUUCAAAGAGAGGAAAUUGAGGAACUGAUGAAGCAGAUCUAUGCUGCCACCGCUGUCUCUAAAGAUGGCUUCGGCCUCCCCGACCUUUCCAGUGCUCUUCAACAGAUUCAGAGUGAAUACGACACCAUCGCCGCCAAGAAUCUUCAGGAAAUGGAUUCAUGGUACAAUGCUAAAUAUGACGACUUGAACAGCAAAUCCACAAGCAGCUUGGACAAGAUGCGCGGAGCCAGGGAGCAACUUGCAACGGCCAAAAUGGAGAUUCAAGGCAAGGAGAGGGACAGGGGACAACUGCAGACCAAACUCGAUGGCCUGGAGGCUAAAAUUGCUGAAGCCCAAGCCAGAAAUAAGAAAGAACUCGAGGCACUGCAGGCCAGGAUUGAAGCACUCCAGCUGGAAAUCAAAUCCACCAAGGGCAAAAUGGCAAAGAUCCUCUUGGAGUAUCAGGAACUGCUCAAUGUCAAGAUGAGCCUGGAGAUUGAGAUCACAACAUACAGGAAACUGAUUGAAGGUGAGGACAUUCGCAUCGCUGGUGUGGUUCAAAAGGGCAUGAGCGCCAUUGCUGGAUCAAGCAGCAUGAUGUCCUCAACCAUGGCAGUUGGAAUGGCUAGUGGAUUCGCAAUGAGUUCUGGAAUGUCUGUCAGUGCUGGAAUGUCAUCAGGAAUGGCAGGUGCUGCUUCUGCAAUGGCAUCUGGAAUCAGUUUUGCUGGAGCUGGAAUUAAUGGAUCUGCUGCAGUUGCAGCUGGAGCUGAAGCUGGAGAUGUAGCUGCUGCUGUUGCCGGAGAAGGAGGACAUGGGGAAGACCUGGCAGCUGGAGUAGCUGAUGGAACUGGAUCUGAAGCUGGAGUGGCUGACAGAACUGGAUCUGAAGCUGGAAUAGCUGACGGAACUGGAUCUGAAGCUGGAAUAGCUGACGGAACUGUGUCUGAAGCUGGAGUGGCUGAUGGAACUGUGUCUGAGGCUGGAGUAGCUGAUGGAACUGUGUCUGAGGCUGGAGUAGCUGAUGGAACUGGAUCUGAAGCUGGAGUGGCUGAUGGAACUGGAUCUGAAGCUGGAGUGGCUGAUGGAACUGUGUCUGAGGCUGGAGUAGCUGAUGGAACUGUGUCUGAGGCUGGAGUAGCUGAUGGAACUGGAUCUGAAACUGGAACUGGUUCAGAAGCAUGUGAAGGAAUUGUUGAGGAAGCUGAAUCAGUGGGAGAACCAGCUGCGUAUUCUUAUGCUGGAAGUGAAGCCGGAUCCCAAGUAGCAGCUGAUGCCGAUGCUGAUGCCGCAUCUGUAGCAUCUUCAAUGGCAAUGGGAGCUGAUGCUGCUGCUGUGGCUGCUGCAACAGCUACAUCUAGUGCUGUCAGCCGAGUGUCAGCUGGGCAGAAGGCAGCGCAGGGACACACCUCCACCGUGGAGCAGGCUGUGGAGGUGAUCGAGAGGAAGACCUUGCUCAUCAGGACGGUGAUGAACAACAAUGAAGUUCUGGAACAUGACACACAGGAGCAUAACUACCUCAUUAAAGGUGCCGCCAAUGAGGAGUAACGAUCCAAUCCACUAAUGACCCCUGACCUUGACGCUUGGAUCUUGACCUUGGAACAAUACCAUGACGAUGACAACAUUUGAAAGAUUCUUCUCCCUCUGUGUGUGGCUGUGAGAAGUUUUCUUUGUUGGAAAAUAACUGCUUCCCAGCAAGGAUUAAAAUUAAAGCUCUCAACAUUCA